AUUAAACAUUCGCGACGCGUUGACAAGCGCGAUCGAUCCCUCUUUUCUCGAAUUAGUCAGCGCGCCCAUAGCGCUUUAACGCGGGGCAUCCCACACGCGCAAGAAAAUCGCACCACGGUCUAUUCGCUAUAUAAGAUGCCGCACAGGUGUGUCCACUUGUCAAUACUCGACUCGAGCCUGUCCAUUGUGUUUGCUUCUUGCACUUUAUUUUCAACAAUUGAUUUUUUUUUGCGACUAAUUUUGGGAAUAACAAGAAGAGAAAAGAUGCGUCACAGGAGGUUUAAUUGUGAUUUGGUGCUGAUUGUCUUUUUGGCGGUGCUGCAUUGUGGACUUUCCGCGGCCGACGCAGACAAAAUAACAUUUCCCUCCGAUGGCCACACAAGUACCCGUUUCAAUGACGAAAGUAGCCAAUUGGAGCACAGUUUCGCACAACCCUUCGCCACGAGCUACCCUCAACGCCAACCGCAGCAGUACCAAUAUCACCCCCAGACGGAACUUCACCAGCCACCGAGUUUCACCUUCAGCGCCUCCCACGCAGGCUCCUUCAGCGCCGGCGGCCACUCGGCCACUUUCGGCCAAAGUGCUUCAUUUGGUCCAAACGGCGCUUCUCUCUCUUCGGGCCACUCGAGUGGCCUCUCGGGCGGCGGCCUCAGCUCGGCCAACGCCGGUUCGCAAACGGCCACCUUCAACAAGGACGGCAGCGCCUCCCUGAGCGCCUCACACGCCGGUGCCUCCGCCGGAAACGGAUUCAGCGCCACCAACGCCGGUUCACAGACGGCCACAUUCGGCGCCAACGGCGGCUCGUCCCUUUCGGCCUCCAACUCGGCCGCCUCCGGCUCGGGCGGCCAGUCGGCGGCCAAUGCUGGAUCUCAGUCAGCCACUUUCGGUGGAAACGGCGCCUCUUUGGCCGCCGGCCACGCCGGCGCCAGCGUCAACAACGGCCAAGCCUCGGCCAACGCCGGCACGCAGACGGCCACCUUCGGCGCCAACGGUGGCGCCUCCCUCGGCGCCGGAUACGGAAGCGCACAGGCCGGAAACGGCCAAUCGGCCGCCGGGGCCGGUUCGCAGACGGCCACUUUUGGGGCCAACGGCGGUUCGUCGCAGGCCGCCGGUUUUGGAAACGCGCACUCGUCAAACAACGGCCAGUCGGCGGCCAAUGCAGGUUCGCAGGCGGCCAGCAGCAACGGCCAAGUGCCGACCACAACGAAAAGGCCCCCAAGGAGGAAGCCCAACAGGCGGCCACACAAGCCUGCUUUUGUGCUUAACCCGGCGUGGAUCAGAACGCCGAGGCCGCAACAGGCCAACGAGGACACUGACCCAGGCCAAGUGGUCCGUCGGCCGCUCAACUGGAUUUUGAACGGAGGGCCCCUGAAUUUGUUAAACAACAGGCGUCAACAACAGCAGCAACAACAGCAACAACCAGAACCCACAAACUUUAUGAUUUGGUGAAUUUGUUCAAUCAAAAAAUUAUUAGAAUUUGAACAGGCGCAAUUUAAUCAAAAUAUUAAAUUCUACUUAUACUCAACGUGAUAUUUUUCAAGUUCAUUUUCUUUAUAACUGCCUAAAUGUAUUGUAAGCUAACUUAUGAUAAAGUACUUCUUGUCUUAGUGUAAUUUUUUUUUCUAAAUAAAACAUGAAAAAUAUGUGUUUGUGCAGUACAUAAUAAUUUUUGUUGUUAUUUUC